GUGAUGACGAAGCGUCCGACAACGAUCCAUGGAAUACGGUGGAACAGCAAAUGCGGAAAGCAUAAGACCAAAGACUACCAAUAGCAUGAGGCUCCGAGCCAGGGGCCUGGCUGUGUCUUUUUUUGGCGUCUGGCGUGGCCGUUUCCUCUUAGUAUUCUUUACCAUUACUGUUUCGUCGUAGCGUCGUGUGGGCUGUAUAGCGAACUGUGGCUACCAUACGCUGUCUAGUGCACGUCAUGAUUCACGCCGGGCAUGUGUUUUCCGCGCCAUCUGAGACGUGGGCAUCAUACACUCAGGAUUCCGGUCAGUGCGCUGCCCUGCAAUUCGAGGAGAUCAUAUCAUCGCCUGGGAACAGCAUAUCUGACGGAAUACCAGCAGCGUCGAUACUCAGCUUUCCGUUGCGCCCAGGUUGGCUUCGCACAGCCUUGCCUGCGAGAUCAGCUUAUGAUAUGUUGGCUUUCUUUACUUAGCAUUGUUGCUAUUUUUCAAUAUCACUACCUUGCUGAGAACAACAUUAUUGCUAUUUGUGUCAUCAUCGCGCGAUUGUGUCACCAAUUACAGCAGCUGCCGGUCUUGUUAGCUGACUCUUUGUACCUUCUCCCUUCCUUCCAACAACACUCACUUGCUGCUCCACCAUAUCCACAGCCAUCGUAUUUUGUCACUGUUAUCUUCGUCCUGCACCCCUUAUACGCUGCGUGGCUCUGCAGACUCGAAAGCUUUUUUGCUUUUAAAAAAUACGACAAUACAACACACGAAAUAAUCGACUCGUAAAGCGACUCCACCCGCAAACAGGGAGCUAAUCCAGACGGCUGGCUGUGCGGACGCCCCGGCUGCCGACGUCAAACUGCUGCGAGACAAUUCUU